GCGUAACUAUUGUCUACUGUUUCUUGUCUACAAAAUAUGAUACCCCACUGCAUUCAUUAAGCACGACAUCAAUCCGAGAUUGGUUGAUAGCAGGUAGUUCAAAAUUUGUAAAAUACCGUGAUUGUUUUAAGCUGGGCGUUCAUAGAAACAACAUGCCAUACAAGAACAGCGAUAAGAGAAAGGAGAAGUCCAGAGAUGCGGCAAGAUGUCGCCGCAGCAAAGAGACGGAGGUGUUUUACGAGUUGGCCCAAAAUCUGCCGUUGCCAAGCAGCGUGAGCACCCAACUGGACAAGGCCUCCAUCAUGAGGCUUACCAUCAGCUUCCUGAAGAUCUGCAAGAUCAGAGAGGAGAAACAGUGGCAUGAUGAUGAAGAACAAUGUGAAGAUGGUGAGAUUCAGAAGCGUCUUCAUCAGAUGUACCCAAAAGCCUUGGAGGGAUUUGUCCUCAUCCUCUCUCGGGAAGCUGAUAUUGUAUACCUGUCUGAAAACACAGCCAAGUAUCUCGGCAUCCAACAGAUUGAACUGAUGGGACAGAGCAUUUUCGACUUCACUCACCCAUGUGACCAUGAAGAGAUCCGUGACAUGAUGUCAGAUCGCCCUCACGGCUCCAAGGCAGUGUCCGAGGAGCGCACGCUCUUCAUCCGCAUGAAGUGCACGCUGACCAGCAAGGGCAAGAGUGUCAACCUUAAAUCAGCAACAUACAAGGUGAUCAAGUGCACAGGAAGGCUGGUUGUGGCCAAGACGAAGAGCAAGAAGGACUCUGACGAUGCCUCCAUGUACCCCUACCUGCUGGCCGUUGGGGAGCCCAUCCCCCACCCCGCAAACAUCGAGGUCCCCCUUGACAGCAGCACUUUUCUCAGCAAACACAACAUGAACAUGAGCUUCACCUACUGUGACGACAGAAUCCAGGACCUGAUUGGAUACAACAAUGAGAACCUGAUUGGCAAAUCUCUCUACAACUACCAUCAUGCACUAGACAGUGAAAUUGUGGAGAAAGCUUUCAAAGAUCUGUUUGCCAAGGGACAAACUAUGACUGGUCAGUAUCGGUUCCUGGCCAAGAAUGGAGGCUACGCCUGGGUCAUCACACAGGGAACUAUCAUCUACAACAACCGCACACAGAAGCCCCAGUGGGUUGUGUGCGUCCACUAUGUCCUCAGUGCCAUUCAGGAGAAGAACAUGAUUUUGUCAGAAGUUCAGCAGCAAACAGCUGAGGACCUCUUGUCCUUCAAGAUGGAGCAGAGCACGGACAAGAUAUUCGGACCCAGGACAAAGGACAUGGAGCAGAACUACUUUGUUCCUGAGGAACUCAAGAACAACAUAACCUUGGUCAACAAUGAGCCUGCUGAUCUGUCCUACUUGGCCCCUACAGCUGGAGACGGCUGUGUCCAGCUCGGAUACCCUGUCUACUCCCAGGUUGCUGAUUUCGCAUGCAUGGAUAAGGAUUUGCCUCCUCCAAUGUGUAAGGAGGAGCCUGAUCCUGUACCCAGAGACGUUCACCGCAAUCAGGAGUUCAACAGCAACAACCCCUCACCUGCAUCACUGUCACCCAGGAUUCAGAGCCCCGAUGAGUACCAGACAAUAGCCAGUCCCACUGACGUAGAUCUAAUGGACAAAUUCUUCUCAACAAUGGACACCACGCAGAAGGGAGGCUCUGACAGUGACAUGGAGGAUGUCGACCUGAACAUGAGAGCCCCAUACAUCCCGAUGAAUGCUGACGAGGACUUCAGUCUUGUGCCGCCCAGUACAGACUCGCUCUUCUCACUGCAGAACGACUUCAACCCAGGACUAUUCGGUCGAACCGAGUCUGUGUUUAUGGACAAGAAUGCUUUCGAAAUCCCUCGCCGCCCCAUGCAACCAAGUGUUCGAGACAUGAUUGGAGGAAGUACAGUGGUCGCAAGCAUAGAACAGCCACCUGACACCAUGUUACUACAAGUCAAACGGCCUCUGGACAUGAAUAGCCUGGAAAAAGGGCCUCCUGUUGCGAAAGCAGUAAAACGGAAUGAUCCGAGGCCCUUGCUUGGAGUCAUGCCCACUCCAAGCAGGCAAUUCCAAAGGCUGUUCCUGCCACCUCCCCCUAUGAGGUCCAUGAUACCGGGCAAAAGCUGUCGCUUCAGCGUAAAUCCAUUUUGUCUUCCAGAAGGUUUGCCCAGCAAGGAAAGCGUAUUACUUAAUUUAUUACUCACUGGUGAAGAUCGUAACCAUGGUUACAAAGUCAACUCAUCUCUCCAACGAAUGCAUGGGUUGAAACAUAAUUUGUUCACGGAUUUGACUCGCCAAGACUGUGAAGUAAACGCUCCGACGCAAUCUCAUCAUCUCCUUCAAGGCGAGGAUCUGCGAUCCGCCCUCGAUGCAGACUGUCGGCUCAACAAGCGUAACAUGACUGCCGCCAUGUAGCCAACCCGGAACCUCGAGGAGGAGGAACACGUCAAAGGCGUGGGGAAGCAACUUGCCACCAAUUGUGCAGCUACUGGAUAGCACUGAUCUGCACGCUUGUAGGAUAGUACAAUAGGCUGCCCCCGGCAGACAUCUUGGAUAAAUGAGAUUUGAAUAUCUUCCCUAGCCAGUGUAAACAAGCACUAAUAUUGGUUUACUUAUUCUUGAUUGUUUCCCGUGUAACCAUGUCAUGUGUUUUAUUGGUAUUUUGCUGCGGACACUUUUGCUAUAUUGGAAAGUGUUCUUGUUCAGUGGACUGCAGAGUGAAUUUGUUUCAACAAGAGGUUUAAUCUCUUGAUGUUCUCUUUAGCUUCAAAGAAUCAUUAUUUUGCUUUCAUUAUGACCAUGGAUGCUUUAAUUCUGCACAAAGUAGUCUUUUGUCAUGUUUUUGCAUCAGCGACAGUUGAUGUGAGAGAGGUGAAGAGGAAUUCUUUUCCAGCUCACUUGGACAAAAGGUCAGUGGACAUGGUCCAUCCAUCAUCAGUCAUCCAUAACCUUUUUAUAUUUCAUUUUAUUUCCAAGACAGCUUUAUUCAACAGAUGAAAUUUGUUUUGAAUGGGGAAAACAAAUCAAAAUAUAAAAAUGAAUUAUUGUAUUCAUUUUGUAAAAUUGUCUUCUGCAUCUUGACAUAGCAAGUUCGAAAUCAAUAAGGGAUGAAGUUAAAGGGGGUAGUACAAUUUAUUAAAUCUAUAAUGAAGCUGAAAUUUGGAAAUAUUCAGACUGACGAAGGAUUUACCUACCUUGUUAUGUGUUUUAUUUAAUGUGCACAGUUUUAUUUGUAGACAAUAGCAACAGCCUUUGAAAUUCAUGCUGGUCUGCUAGCCUGAGACUACUAAAUCAAUUGACAUGUAAACUUUCAAUGAUGGUAGUCCGCAAUGAUUCUCAUUAUUAUUGAGUGCUAAGGUUAUGAACCAGUGUCAGUAAUCAAAGAUAUUAGACCUUUUUGUCUCAGUCUAGCACCCAUUAACUCAAUUUUGUCCAGACUAGUCUUAGAAAACAACAAUUUCCUUGGGCUGACUGACAUUUGAUUGUUUCUUCAGAUAGAAUGCUUUUUCAAGGCCGACCUGGGCCUUGUUCCACAAAGUGAUUCUGUCAUAAGUCUGUGUUCAGUAGACUGAACUGCAGGAACAUCUUCCCAUCUGGGUCAACCCAAGCCCCACACAGGGAGUCAAGAACUAUGACUUCAUUGGAAGAAUGUGAUCCCCUUAACUCUCUCAUCACUUUAUGGAGCAGGGACCAGUAUUGUUGGUCUGGAUAUGAUGUAUAGAGCAUGUUGAUGUGCUUUAUAAAGAAUCUUAAUCACUGUAUUUGACCACCAUUGUGCCAUUCUGUGUCUGGUUUGGCACUUUCAUGUCAAACAGACAUUAUCAUGUUGUUAUCUGUUGUAUUAUGAAAUAUAUAUUAAUAUUAUACCGUAAAAUGUCCAAAAAAAAGAGAAUGAUUUGUAGUACAGAAUGUGGUAUAUCUUAGAGCGUAGUGGGACCAAGCUCACUGCCAGCAUUACCAUGGUAACAAAAUAUGAUUAAUAUGCCUGAAUUUCACCCAAUCAAAAAUGAAGUAUUGGCAGUUGAUACUCAGCUGGAAUAUGAUUUCAUGGACUCAGCUGGUAUAUAAUUUCAUGGAAACAGCACAAAAAUGACAAAACUGUUCUUCCUGUGCAGUAGUUGAAUUCUCAUAUACUUAACUUUGCCAUGAUCUAGUCUCAUCUCAUCUCACAGUACGUUGGCGUUGCUGUAAAACAAUUGUUGCUAUGUUCAGUAGUUUCUGCUAUGAAGAAUGUAGCUGAGUGUAUUGGACACAGAUUACACUGAAUUUCAUCCCUUGGCUCUCAUAUUGGCAAUAUUGUUCUGAAGAUCAUGCUGCAGAAUUGUAAAAUUUGUACUGUUUUUAAUGUCUUGAAAAUUCAUGUUUUGAUGGCGUUGAUAUGGGAGGGAGGAGUAUUUUUUAUUGGAUUUGGUUUGAUUUGUUAGAAUUGGACUAUAUAUACAAACUAGAUUUCUUACGAUUGGUUUCAUUUUGGUCAUGUUUAGAACGUUUUUGAAAUCACUCUCUCAACAGAGAGCGUCACUCAUACCUGCAUAUUUUUAAUAUUCUCCCAUAUUUUUCAGAUGCAUUUUGUUACAAAUAUUUGACACAGUGUGUUAUUAAUGGUAUUACUAUGAUAGAAAUAAAGUCAUCUUUAUUCCA